CUGUCUCUGAGAGGUGAAAUGGCGCAGCGAGGAAUUCAGAUGGAGAAGGAAAAAGUCUGCUGUGCGAUUUGUUUGGAUUUACUGAAGGAUCCAGUGGGGAUUCCCUGUGGACACAGCUACUGUAUGAACUAUAUUAAAAGACACUGGGAUGAAGAGGAUCAGAGGACAAUCCCCAGUUGUCCUCAGUGCAGACAGAUCUUCGGAUCGAGGCCUGUCCUGAAGAAAAACACCAUGUUGGCAGAUUUAGUGGAGCUACUAAAGAAGACUGGUCUCCAAGCUGCUCCAGCUGACCACUGCUAUGCUGGACCUGAAGAUGUGGGAUGUGAUGUCUGCACUGGGAGAAAGCUGAAAGCUCUCAAGUCCUGUGAGCAGUGUCUGGUCUCUUACUGUGAGCAACACCUCCAGCCUCACUAUGAAUCCCCUGCCUUUGCAAAACACAAGCUGGUUGACCCCUCCAAGAAGCUUAAGGAGAACGUCUGUACUCGCCACAAUGAGGUGAUGAAGAUUUUCUGCCGCACUGAUCAGAAGUGUAUCUGUUAUCUGUGUUCCAUGGAUGAACAUAAAGGCCACAGAACAGUUUCAGCUGCAGCAGAACGGACUAAAAGGCAGAAAGACUUCGGGGUGAGUCAACAAAAGAUCCAGCAGAGAAUGCAGAAGAGAGAGAAAGAUGUAAAGCUUCUUCAGCAGGAGAUGAAGACUCUCAAUCAUUCUGCUGAUAAAGCUGUGGAGGACAGUGAGAAGAUCUUCACAGAUCUGAUCCGUCUCAUUGAGAAAAGAAGCUCUGAUGUGAAGCAGCAGAUCAGAUCUAAGCAGCAAACUGAAGUCAGACGAGUCAAAGAGCUUCAGGAGGAGCUGGAGGAGGAGAUCUCUGAUCUGAGGAGGAAUGGCAUCGAACUGGAACAACUCACACACACAGAGGAUAACAUCCAGUUUCUACAGAACUGCCCCUCACUGUCAAAUCUCACAGAUUCUAAAGACUCAUCCAUCAUCAAUAUCCAUCCUGCACGACACUUUGAGGAUGUGAAUGCAGUUGUGGCAGAGAUCAGAGACAAACUACAGGACAUUCUUAGUGAGUCGUGGACCAAGACAUCACUGAUGAAGACUCAAGUGGAUGUUUUCCUGCCGCAGGCAGAGCCCAGGUCCAGAGCUGAUUUCUUACAAUAUUCAUGUCGAAUAACGUUAGCUCCAAACACAGCAAACACAGAGAUGUCAUUAUCUAAAGGGAACAGAAAAGCAACAAUGAUGCAUUCUGAAAAUGCAGGAAGUGUAGUUAUGGCACUGAAUUUAGCCUGUCCUGAACCACUUUCACGAGACUACCUCUGCAGGUUUCAGGUUCUGAGCAGAGAGAGUUUGACUGGAAGAUGUUACUGGGAGGUGGAGUGGAGCGGGCGUUUUCUUUCAGUAGCAGUCACAUACCCACCAAUCAGAAGAGCAGGAUACCAAAGUGUAUUUGGGACCAAUGACAAGUCUUGGGCAUUAUGCUAUUUGAACAGCCGUUAUGAGUUGACACAUAACAACAUCACAAUUUUAGUCUCUGGUCCAUACUCCUCCACAGUGGGAGUGUACCUGGAUCACAGUGCAGGUAUUCUGUCCUUCUACAGCGUCUCUAAAACCAUGACCCUCAUCCACAGAGUCCAGACCAAAUUCACUCAGCCCCUCUAUGCUGGAAUUUUUGUAGGUUAUGGAAGCACAGGUGAGCUCAAGUAG